AUGUGUGGCUGCUGCGACCGCUUCUGGGACGAGGUCAAGGACUGGCUCAUCUGUGUGGCCGUCGUCAUUGGCCUUAUCAUCGUCGCCGGCGUCGUCCUCAUCAUCGUCAUCUUCGGCGGGCCCCUGCGCCACAUCAAGAUCAGCGUCGAGGACGCGUCGCUCACCCGGUUCGCGCUGGUGACCGCGCCCACGUCGACGGCGCUGGCGUACAACCUCACGCUGGCACUGACGGUCCGCAAUCCGAACUGGGCCAUCGGCAUCAAGCACGACAAGCCGCUGGAGGCCGCGUACAGCUUCGACGGGCAGCCGUUCGAGCGCGUGCAGGUCGCCGACAAGGGCGAAGCAGGGCCCCGGAAGACGGUGGUGUACCACCUGGCGUCCAGCUCCGAGGGCCGGGGCGUGGCGCUCGGCAACGCCGGCGAGGCCGAGUUCAGGAAGGAGAACGCCACGGGGCUGUUCGAGGUGGAGGUGGCCGUCACGGGCAAGUUCAAGUACACGCUGCGCAAGACCAAGUGCAAGAUCGAGGCCACCUGCCCGCUCAAGCUGCAGCUCGCCGCGCCGGGGGCCAGGUCCGUCGUGUUCCAGAAGGUCGAGUGCGAGCUCGCCAAGUCCGACGACAAGUACUGCUAG